AAUUUUUCAAACCGAGCCACGCGUGGGUAGUGCUACAUGGACAUCUGGUCACCGGGAAGUUCGUCGAGCAUUUGCGCAAUUAAGGUCUUGGCCACAGAUGAAACACCGUACGAAUGCACAAUGGUCAAACAGAAGAGCUCGUCCGCAGUCAAUCCAUCAGUUGAGCAGAGCAUGUGAAAGGAAGGCAGUGACUUUCAAGCCUUUGUCAUAAUUGAAACCGGAAUAAAGUUAACGUUGAGGAUAUUUCAAAGGUCAGAUUGUUCUACUUACUUUUACUCCAGUACUAAUUAGGAACGUCUUUUUUGGCUGAAAAUGGAAGAUUUAAACGGCACCAUUGAGCCCAGCUGUUUACAGGAUCCACCGCUAGCUAUUGAUGUCAUAAACCAGUUAGAUAUGUUUGGAAUGGUCCUGUAUUCCAUUCUGACAUUCAUGGCCACAGUGUCUCUGGUGGUGUACCUGGAAGAAUGUGUGUAUGUGUAUAAGAAGGUGCCCUCACCCAAGAAGAUGACUAUCAUUUGGGUGAAUGGAGCAGCACCGGUCAUUGCCAUAAUGUCCUGCCUUGGAAUGUGGAUUCCAAGGUCUACCAUGUUUACAGACAUGACAUCAAAUUCUUAUUUUGCAGUAGUGAUCUACAAAUUCCUGAAGUUGAUGUUGGAGGAGAUCGGUGGCGAAGAGGCGUUCCUGAAGCACUCUGGGAAAAAGACUCUAAGGAUCAGCACCGGGCCCUGCUGCUGCUGUUGCCCCUGCCUGCCUCGUGUGCCAGUCACAAGGCGUACAAUUUUCCUGCUGAAGCUGGGGUCCCUUCAGUAUGCCAUUAUGAAGACUGCCCUUUCCAUAUUCUCCAUUGUGCUCUGGACUAAUGGGAACUUUGAUCUCUCUGAUCUUGAGAUUACAGGAGCUGCGAUCUGGAUAAACCCGUUCAUUGGAGUCCUUACCAUAACAGCCCUGUGGCCUGUCUCCAUUAUGUUCAUGCAUCUGGUAAAAACCCUGCAAAGUCUCAAGAUCAUCCCCAAGUAUGCCAUGUACCAGUUGGUGUUGGUGUUGAGCCAGCUACAGGCGGCCAUCAUCAGCAUCCUGUCUCUGGACGGGACCAUCGCUUGCUCUCCACCCUUUUCAUCCAUUGCCCGGGGGUCCAUGCUGAGCCAGCAGCUGAUGAUUGUGGAGAUGUUCAUUGUUACCCUGGUGACCCGGCUGUUUUAUCGUCGGACCUAUGAGCCUCUUGUCCUGGACCAACAUGAGAGUGACAACGGCCUGAAUGCUAAAAUGAUCCAGAGUCCUGCAAUAGGGGAGAAUGCUGCAUGAGACAGAGAGCGAGCGAGAGAGAGAGAGAGCGAGCGAGCGAGCGAGAGAGAGAGAGAGAGAGAGAGCACACCUUGUGUGUGUGGAUGUGUGGCCAAAUGGGAUUUAAAAUAUACCUAUUCAUGAAUGUAGAGGUUUGUUUUUUACAUUAAUUCUACCUUAUAAUAUUAUUUGGUACAUGAUAACUCUAUUUAACAGUGAUAUAUUUUAAAGCCCACGGCUUCAUUGGUAAUGUGCAUAGGCAAUUAUAUAAUGAUAUACACACUGCCGUUCAAAAGUUUGGGGUCACUUACAGUAGACAUUUCCAUUCCACUCCAUUAUAGACGGAAUACCAGCCAAGAUCAGUUGCAUUGUUUUUUUAAUCAGGGCAGCCGUUUUCAGAUUACAUU